GCCCAGGGCCGCCAAAGGGGGGAUUCCCCCAGCCGGGCCGGGCACCAGACGCCGAGCGCGGGCUGCUGCAGCCUCUUGGAGUCCAGCGAGAUCCCGCCCGCGCAGGCCAUCAGCGUGGACCUCGCGAACGAGCGCACGCUGCUGGCCUGGUGCCGUACUGGCCUGGCCGUCAUCCGCACCGUGUUCUCUUUCGCGACGCUGCAGGGCCUGACGAAGGGCGCUCUGGCAGUCGACGUCCUCGUGACCGUCGUGCUCGCGUUUGCCAGCCUCGCGAUGCUGCUUGUGGGGUGGCAGCGGUUCGGCGCCGUGCGGAAGGGUCAGAUGGGAGAUCCUGGUGUCAGGCGCGUCUCUGUGCUGCCGGUGUUCUCGAUGCUCGUUACCGUGGCGGCAAUAAGUUUCUUCGUCUCCAUGGUGCGACAGCCCCUGAGGUUUGUUCGGGACCUGCAGGAGGUCGGGAUGGACGUGAUGGCAUACGGCUGA